AUGAGCAGCCACCCACUUGCCGGAAUGCUUGGACGCCUUAAUCAUGUCGCCAUCGCCACACCAGACUUGAAGAAAUCAUCAGAAUUUUACAAAAAUCUAGGAGCCAAAGUCAGCGAGGCUGUGCCACAACCUGAACAUGGAGUUUACACGGUUUUCGUAGAGUUGCCAAACUCGAAAAUCGAAUUGUUGCACCCAUAUGGUGAUAAAUCGCCAAUUCAAGCGUUUUUGAACAAGAACAAAGAUGGUGGCAUGCACCAUAUUUGCAUUGAAGUGCGCGAUAUUCAUGAAGCGAUAAAAGCAAUCAAAGCGAAUAAAAUUAGAACAUUGGGAGAAAAGCCAAAGAUUGGAGCUCACGGAAAGGAUGUCAUUUUUCUGCAUCCGAAAGAUUGCGGCGGAGUUCUUAUCGAAAUUGAACAGGAAUAA